AAUAGAGAAAGAUGUAGAGAGAGAGAGAGAGAGAGAGAGAGAGAGAGAGAGAGAGAGAGAGUAUAUUUUUUUAUUUUUUAUUUUAAAUUGUUUUUUUAUUUUUUAAAAUUAUUUUAAUAUAUUAAUGUUAAAAAUAAAUUAUUUUAAAAAUAUUAUUUUAAUAAAUUAUUUAAAUAAAAAACAUUUUUAAAAAAUCAACGAUUGAAAAAACACUGCCUAUAAUUAUUUACUUCCUUUCAUGAAAAAGAGAGCUGAGCACUGAAAAAGCAAUUAAAAUAUCGAGAGAAUAAAAUAAGAAAAAAAAAAAAAACACUCUGAGAGAGAGAGGAGAGAGGGGGGCCUUUAGGCCUUAAGAGUCUCUUCACUUUGGUGAUGGUGUUAUCGAAUCAAAAGCCGGGACUCCUAUUACCACCAUCCCUUAAGGUCAUCUCCGCCAUUUCACUGUUGAUGCUCUUCUCCUCCUCCGCCGGCGGCGGUGCUUUUUGGAAAUGGAUCGUGUUCGCCGAAGCUAGCACCGGAAACACUGGGACAGGGAGGAACGGCUGGGUCGUUGGUGGCGUUGGCGGUGGUUUAUGGGGCGCCGCUACGUCUUCUUCCAAUGUUGGUAUAGCCAUCGCUGUCACGGCCAUGGCCGGUAUCGCCUUGGCCGCCACCGUCGUCUAUUCUCGUAGGUAAAAUAACAAAGUCAACAAUAAAAACCCCCCCCAAGUGUUCGAAUAAUUGACACUCUAAUUCAAAACUUAGAUUAACCGUCGCCAAAGAAACCCUAGAUAGAUAUAUUUAGAUGUUGAUGCAACAAAAACCGUUAAUGAGAGCCUUAAGGCGAAGCCAUACUCCUUUUUCCACAACUUCUUCGACGUCAAACUCCUCCUCCUCACCGUCAUCGUCAUCAUCAUCGUCGUGGAUAUAUUUGAGAUCAGUUUUAUUAGUAGUUGCCUCCUCUUCGUUGUCCUCAUCAUCUUCCUCCUCACCAGCUUCUACUAAUCGGGGUAGUCUUAAAUCGCCUUGGUCGCGUAGGAGAAGAAAACAUGCGCUUUUACCAAAGCAAUGGAAAAGUUUAUUUAUGCCUGAUGGGAAAUUGUGUGAUGGUGGUGUCAAGUUUCUGAAGAAAGCCCGAAGUGGGGGUGUUGAUCCAAGUAUUAGACCAGAGGUUUGGCCAUUUCUCCUUGGAAUCUAUGAUGUGAACAGUUCCAAGGAAGAAAGAGAUUGCAUUCAAGAUGAGAAAAGAAAAGAAUAUGAGAAUCUACGGAAACAGUGCCGAAGACAUCUCAGAUGCAAUGAUAGGAGUUUUAAGGCCAAGCAAGCUGUUGGAAUCAGCAGCGCUGAGGUUAGCGGGGACUCGAGUCAAGUCAUGGAUUUCCCUGGAUUAGAAGAUGUUAAUAGUACCAGGAUGACACCUUCUGCUGAGCAAGGCAACUUAUCUGCUGAGGAUUCAGAUUUCCCUGAUGAAGCUCCUCAGGGCUCUGAAUCAAUAUUGGAAGGAGGUGAUGAUAGGAGUGUGGUCACCUAUGAAGAUGGCUUGGCUGGAGACACGGAGUCAACUGAUUCCGAUUCCUCUGAAGAACCAGAAAUUGCAGAAUCUUUUCUUGCAACUGAAUUUACAGGUGAAAAUGAUUUUGAUUUGCCUUCUCAGGAGAAUUCCUCUCCCUUUGAGACAAAGAGCAGGUUGAACUUGCAGAAAGAUGAGGAUUUUGCCACAUGGCAGAGAAUCAUUCGUGUUGAUGCAGUGCGGGCAAAUGGUGAAUGGAUAAUGUACUCUCCAUCUCAGGCAGCAGUAUCAGAGAUGAAGGCACGACGAUUGGCUGAGAGUGUAGGGUUGCAGGACUAUGAUCACUUGGAGCCAAGCAGGAUCUUUCAUGCUGCUCGCCUCAUCACUAUCCUUGAGGCAUAUGCACUUUAUGAUCCUGAGAUUGGUUACUGUCAAGGAAUGAGUGAUUUACUCUCACCCAUUAUUGCAGUGAUGGAGGAGGAUUUUUUAGCCUUCUGGUGUUUUGUGGGCUUCAUGAAGAAAGCUCGGCACAAUUUCCGUCUCGAUGAAGUGGGAAUCCGGAGGCAACUGGGUCUUGUUUCCAAGAUAAUCAAGUGCAAGGAUAGCCAUCUCUACAAGCACCUGGAGAAGCUUCAAGCAGAGGACUGCUUCUUUGUGUACAGAAUGGUGGUGGUUCUUUUCAGAAGGGAGUUAAACCUUGAUCAAACACUCUGCCUCUGGGAGGUGAUGUGGGCUGACCAGGCAGCAAUACGGGCAGGGAUUGCCCAGUCUGCCUGGGGGAGGAUGAGGCUAAGGGCCCCUCCUAGUGAUGAUUUGCUGCUUUAUGCAAUAGCAGCUUGUGUGCUGCAGAGGAGGAAACUGAUCGUUGAGAAGUACAGCAGUAUGGAUGAGAUCAUGAGAGAAUGCAAUAGCAUGGCCGGUCAGUUGGAUGUAUGGAAGCUUCUCGAUGAUGCACAUGACUUGGUGGUCAACCUGCACGACAAGAUUUAAGAAAUAAUUCUUCCUUUUUCUCUUGCUCUUCGUAGAUUUCCAUUUCGUCCUUGUUGCUGUGCGCAGAUCCCUUAUUCUUCGGAUCACUUCAACUCCUAGCUUGAAACAAAAGCAACUGAUAGGCAAUUUGUUUAACGGGGUAAAUUAUGGAAUUCUGAAUGCUGUGCCCGCACUCUCCGUGAGUGAUAGUGGCAUCAAUGCAAAUUUAGCAUUUUGAUCUUCCUUUUAA